AAAUAGCUUUUACCUCUGUAGGCCACUUUAUAAUCCUACACGGACAAGACAGAGUAAAGUCAACCACAGGACCAAGCUACUCUUUCAUCUGCAGCAGAAAGCAUAGGCUUCACAUAUUUCAAGCACGAUUGGAGACAGCUUUGCUCCUGACAUUAGCAACUAACAGAUAACCUCGGCACAGGAAAGAGAUGCAGCUCUUGUUCCUUUUCACGUUGCUGUUGUCAGUCAUUCUGACCUCAUCUCUGAAAACCCUCAACUCAGACCAAGAGCUGCAGGACAGUGGGUUUGGUCGACCCCCACCUCGCCAUGGACUCAAGUUGCUGAAGUGGUAUGUUAAGAAGUGCCUGGACAACAAUAUGGUGUCUCUGUGUGAUCCCACAAAAGGAGAGUAUGGAUUUCAUGAGUUUAAGAACCGAGGGCCCAAGAGACUACUUCCAGUCAUAAGGGACAAACGGCAAUACAGUUACUACACCAUCGGAAACCUCCAUGCUCCUCAUGCCGAGGACCUGCCAUAUGAUGUCAGGAAGGACUACAACCCCAGUGACCCUCUAAGUAACAAGGACAGAGUUUUGGUGAAAUACAACAAGAACAAUAAACACAUCGACAUGAUCUAUGCGUCCGGUCAUUAUAAGGAAAAAGAAACAUACAUAAUUGGCCCCGAACUUCUUGCUUCUCUUCGACGCCAAACAGGUCUCGUUAGCAUAGAAAUAUGAUGUAGCUGUGAUGCUAAAUCUCUCUGUGACGCCUUUAAGGGCUCUGUGACGCUUUCAAAACAUUUUUAAACAAUUUUGAAUGACAAGCUUUUCUUUGUAAUCACAAAAAAUGUGCCAGACUCUUUUGAUGAGCUUAUUUUUAAGGCUUGAGUUCAGUAUAAUAAGUGUCAGAAUGUGAUGCUUUGGAUUAUUUCUUAUUCAGUGACUGAGAGGCACAACUGUGUGUGUGUGUGUGAGAGAGAGAGAGAGAGAGGAAAAUUCCACAGCCCAAUUGUCUCUGUGUAGUCUCCACAGUCAAAUUAACUACUCAUUGCAACUUGAGUCUUAUUUUGAAAGAUGUGACUAUGGUUCAUGGUUUAGGGGAACACAGUGACAUUGCUACAACAAACCUGAGC